AUGACUGUCCUCCCCGACUCUGAAAACGGCUACCUCCUCAACUACGAGGAUCAGGAGCGGCGACGCAUGAACAUGCAACAUGACCUGAUCAAAACCUACAUGGGCAAACUGAUCCUGGCUCCGCUGCCUUUCGACCAACCCAAUCUCCGAGUCCUCGACAGCGGAACCUUCAACGGCCUCUGGCUAAAAGACGCCUCGACCCUCCUCAAAUCUCCCACCCUAAUCGGCGCCGACGUCUCCCCAACCGCCUUCCCAGCCAACCGCCCCCCAACACCGAAUUCCACAUCCAAUCCAUCUCCGAACCCUGGCCAACCGAAUGGCACAACUCACGAAGGCCGCCAGGCCCUUUACCGACUGAUCGAGCUCGCCAAGCCAGGCUCCGGCUGGGUGCAAUUCACCGAGGGAAGCCUCGAGCAUCUGACCCCCGAGCAGCGCAAGCAAUACCCCGUUCUCGCGCGCUUCCAGACUCUAGUCGCUGAGAUGCUGCCUCAUUUCCACUGGAAUCCGAGGCCGGGGAAGCUGGUGCGCCAGUGGUUGGAGGAGUAUGGUUUGGAAGAAGUGCAGGAGAAGGUCAUGGAGAUUCCGAUCGGGGCGGGAAAUUCUGACCCCAAGCUGGGGGAGAUGGCGAAGCAGAAUAUGCUGGAGGUGGUGGCGAAUUUCAGGACGGCUGCGACGCGUCUUCCGGAGGGAACUGGCAUUCGUGCUGAGGACUUUGAUCCGAUCCUUAGGGAUAUCAAGGUUGAGUUUGAAACGGUUGGGGGAAUUCUUCGGUUUAACACGGUUUGGGGUCGUCGGCCAUAG